AUGCUAAAAGUUUUAAUAGCUAUUUUAGUGGUAAUCUCAUUACUUUCAAAUUUAAAUGCUGUUAAUGGACAAAAAUUUUAUUGUUUUUUAGAUUGCAUUAAAAAAGAUAGAAAUUGUCGUAUGGGAAGAUCAGAAGAUGCAAAUUGUCUUGAAUAUUUUAAAAAAUGUAAAGAUGAAUGCCAUAAUAAUUAA